CUUUUCCCUUGCCGUAUCUCUCUCUCUCUCUCUCUCUCUUCUUUUCGUGUUUGGGCGAAAAAACAGAAAAGAAAAGGGAAACGACGCGAACCGGAACCAGCAAUGGCGGAGAGUCCGAGCACGUUGGAGUCCAUGAGGAAGUGGGUCGUGGAGCACAAGCUGCGCACUGUAGGAUGCCUUUGGCUCAGCGGAAUCGGGAGUUCGAUCGCCUACAACUGGUCUCAACCUAACAUGAAAACCAGCGUCAAGAUCAUCCACGCGAGGCUGCAUGCUCAGGCUCUUACCCUGGCUGCCUUGGCUGGAGCUGCAGUGGUUGAGUACUAUGACCAUUCAAAAGAAUCGAAGGUGGAUAAAUAUGCAAAUCAAUUCUUAGCACACCCGCAAAAAGAUUGAAGAUACUUGGCUGCCACUUUCUUCCUUGCUUCAUGCAUUGAAUCUACCAUCCAAUUUCAUGGGACAUGGACACCAUUGAUGUAGUUUUUUCAGUUAGAAUGAGCAGGCCUGCCAUGAGUGACUUGUGUCGUGGAUAUCCUUAGACUAAUGACUAUGGCUUUAAAAUCAUUUAGUAUUCAAUGCAUAAAUAUAAUUUUUGUCAAAAUCAAAAAGUGCGAUUAUGUGGGAUGCACUAAACACAAGGGAUAUAUUGUUUGUUGAUGGAAACAAUUGAUAAUUAUUAUAUGUUGAAUUAUGAACAUGGUGCUAUCUUUACCCUGAUGGCUAA